GCAGUGACAGCUGAGGGGCCAGUGGCCAGCACAGUGCCAGCUCCUGUGCCACAGGCCAGCCCCACACCUGGGGUGGAGGCCACGUCCCCCACAACACCGCCAAGCCCUGUCUCAUCUCCACGGGGGGCCACGGGGCCUGCCACACCCUCCACUCCGGAGCAGGUGUGGCCUGAGGCCACAGGUGGCCCUGCUUCCACCGGCCCAACCCCCGGGAGCUCAGGGGACCCUAAGGUGCCAACCACGGACUCGUGCCAGCUCAGCACCCAAGGCCAGUACCUGGCGGUCACCACCAGGGCCCUGCCCCUGUCCCCGGUGAACAGAGGGGCACUGCUGGCCAUGCUCCUGCUUGGGGUGGCCUUCCUCUUCGCGGUCUUGGUCCUGUUUGCGCUGCAGGCCUACGAGAACUACAAGAAGAAGGACUACACGCAGGUGGACUACUUGAUUAACGGGAUGUACGCGGACUCAGAAAUCUGAGGUGGCGGAGGCGGCCUUGGGCUCCAGCUGGACCCUCCGGGGGCUGGGCCCUGCCCUCCUUCCAUGUUCCCCCUGAGACCCAACCAAGUGCUUCCAAAUCCUUUGGUGCAAUUCAGGAGCUCCGCCAGAUGUUUAAACACAUUUAAUUACGGUCGGAUUAAUCCACGGUCACUAAAAUGUUGCUUUUUUCAUAUUUAUUUUUGUAAACGAUCAUGUCGAUGGAGCGGGCAGUGAUUGGGGCGGGUGGGCCCUGUUGUGUCAGACCCUGGCAGGAAUUAAAGCAAUGACCGCUUUCCA